AUGGCGGCGCUUCACACACCACUAGUUAUCGCCUUUCUGCUGCAUUUAACGGCCGGAGAACUUCAAGUUGAUUUCGUAUAUCAUCACUAUGACAACAUGGUGGAUCUGCUACAGGCGCUUCAUCUACGCUACUACAACCUGACGGAACUAUACAGUAUUGGCAGGAGUGUGGAAGGUCGUAAAUUGUGGGUUCUGGCCAUUUCUGGCCACGAAGCAUGGAAACAUAAUAUCCUGAAGCCAGAGGUGAAUUACAUUGGAAACAUUCAUGGCAAUGAGGCGAUUGGCCGAGAGCUGCUGCUUCAUUUCGCGUCAUAUCUUCUGAGCAAAUACGAUGUGGACGAAGACAUCACGAAGCUUCUCGAUACCACCCGAUUGCAUAUAUUACCCUCGCUGAAUCCUGACGGUUUUGAGAUCUCGACUGAAGGGGAAUGUCAUCUUGGGAUCGGCAGAUUCAAUAAAAACAGAUUCGAUUUAAAUCGCAAUUUUCCCGAUAUGGUUGAAAUCAACAACUUUCCGAUCCAGCCGGAAACCAGGGCUUAUAUGACAUGGUCUCGUCGCAUUCCAUUCGUCUUAUCUGCAAACUUCCACGGAGGCGCGCUCCUCGCGGUAUACCCCUACAGUAACCUACAACCAGAAGAGAAAGCAGAAGAUUUCUCGCAAUACAGCGCCGCUCCUGAUGACGAUAUAUUUCGAAAUAUUUCACUGUUGUACUCAUAUACUCACCCAAGAAUGUCAAAUAGGAGCGAAAACAGCUGUGACGGGAAAUUCACUUCUGGGUUCGAGGAUGGGAUUGCAAACGCUGCUUCAUGGUACUCAUCCCGAGGUGUAAUUCAGGACUACACCUACGUCUAUCAUAGUUGUAUACAAAUUACCAUCGAAGUCAGCUGCUGUAAAUAUCCACCGGAAAACGAAAUUGAAGGUUACUGGAAUGAAAACAAAGACGCCAUGUUGGAAUAUAUAAAACAGGUUCAUAGAGGCAUCAAAGGUAUGGUGGUUGAUCAAAAUGGUCACGUGAUACCCUACGCACGAAUCACAGUGGACGACAGGCCGAAUUAUUUCAAUACGACUGUGGAUGGAGAGUACUUCCGAAUACUUCUUCCAGGACAGUAUCUUAUACAGGCUGCUGCCGACGGCUACAGUACAGAAUCCACCAUAGUGUUUAUAUCGGAGCAUGCCCGUGAUGCUUUAGUGUACAACUUUACUCUGACAUCUGCCGUGGAUGCAAGUCAAGCGCCCUCGUCGAUUAUAAACUUACCCUGCGUAGUGGUUUGCUCUUUAUUUUUAAUAACUCAUUAUAGAGACGUUUAG